UGAAUGAGCUCCACUGGCAAUAACAAUGAAUGGUGUGAGAACUGAGCUGGUGGAGGAGGGGGAGUGGCAGGGAAUAUGGGAAUCGGGAAAACCUUCAGCAGUUCACACUGUGCUAUCUGCCUUCCUCAUUUGUGUGCUUUCUGAGUCAGCAUUAGCUACAUUUUCCAGAAAGCCAUCCACAAAGUACAGCCUGAGCAUUCAAGGGACGUCACUCAUUUCCCCCAGUGACCUUGACAAGUCAGAAGCUUGAAAGCAGGGAAAUCCGGAUGUCUCAGUUGUGAAGUGGAGCAGUGUGAGCCUCAACAGAUUUCCAGAACUCUCCAUCCAGACCAGAGAUUGAGCAUCUGCCUCUCGUACUGCCAGUGGCCAUCUGGGGUGUCUCCUUGGCUCUAAGGGGUUGGCACAAUGGCCAAAGGCUUCAGCCUGCUGUUGCUUCUUGCCUCCAUCUGGACCACGAGGCCCCUGGUCCAAGGCUCUCUCCGUGUAAAAGAUCUUUCCAUCUCGCUGCCAUGUAGAAUUGUGGGGAUCACCCUUGUGAACAAAAAGGUAGGCCAGCAGCUGAAUUUCACAGAAGCCAAGGAGGCCUGCAGGCUGCUGGGAAUGACUUUGGCCAGCAGAAACCAGGUCGAAGCGGCACUGAAGGCUGGCUUUGAGACUUGCAGCUAUGGAUGGGUUGAAGACAGAUUCUCCGUCAUCCCUCGGAUUCUCCCAAACCCCAAGUGUGGGAAGAAUGGGAUAGGCGUCCUAGUUUGGAGAGCUACAGUUAGCCAAAGGUUCGGGGCCUACUGUCACAACGCAUCUGAUAUUUGGAUUAACUCAUGCUCUCCAGAAAUCCUCACCACCGAAGAUCCCAUAUUCAACACUCAAACUGAAACACACAUGACAGAUUUUAUCAGCAGUGACAGUACAUACUCAGCAUCAUCCCCUUCCUCUACGAUUCCUGCCUUUGCCACUCCUCGCGCUCCAGCUUCCACUUCUAUUCCACGGAGAAAAAAAUUGAUUUGUGUCACAGAAUUUUAUACGGAAACGAGCACUAUGCCUAUGGAAACUGAAUCAUCUAUUGAAAAUAAAGCGUCAUUCAAGAAUGAAGUUUCUGGGUUUGGAGGUGUCCCCACGGCUCUGUUGGUGCUGGCUCUCCUCUUCUUUGGUGCCGCAGCUGGUCUCGCAUAUUGCUACGUCAAAAGGUAUGUGAAGGCUUUCCCUUUCACAAACAAGAAUCAGCAGAAGGAAAUGAUUGAAACCAAAGUAGUAAAGGAGGAGAAGGCUGAUGACAGCAAUCCUAAUGAGGAAUCAAAGAAAACUGAUAAAAACCCAGAAGAGCCCAAGAGUCCACCGAAAACUACGGUGCGAUGCCUGGAAGCUGAAGUUUAGAUGAGAAAGAAGUGAGAAGACCCACCUGAGGCUGGUUUCUUUCGUGAUAUGUAUCCUGGCCCCAGUUGGGGAAACUAUUAAUAAAAUGGCCAAA